AUGGACGGCAGCCCGCUGUCCCGGCCCGCUCCCCUUGCGCCCGGCAUCCUGGGUGGUCGUUGUGCCCGGCGGCAGCCAGAAUCCCCUGAGCUGCUGCGUUGUAGCCGCCGACGGCGGCCCGGUGCACCGGAGGAGGCCGGGGUUGGCGCGGCAGCCGUAGCGCGGCGCAACGAACGCGAGCGCAACCGCGUGAAACUGGUGAACUUGGGCUUCCAGGCGCUGCGGCAGCACGUGCCGCACGGCGGCGCCAGCAAGAAGCUGAGCAAGGUGGAGACGCUGCGCUCGGCGGUGGAGUACAUCCGCGCGUUACAGUGUCAGUUGGCGGAACACGACGCCGUGCGCUCCGCGCUAGCUGGAGGCCUGCUGUCCCCCGCCGCGAGGUCUCCUGCGCCCAGUGUCCCGCCGGAGACCCCAGCAGCGACCGCCACUUCGCCUUCCUGCGCCUCGUCCUCUCCGGGUUGCGGAGGCAGCUCCGAGCCCGGCUCCCCACGCUCUGCCUACUCGUCGGACGAUGGUGGCUGCGAAGGCGCGCUGAGCCCCGCUGAACGCGAACUACUGGAGUUCUCCAGCUGGUUAGGGGGCUACUGA